AUGGAGGACCCAACAGAAAAGGCUCUUCUGCGGAUUGCAGAGACCAUAGAGCGGGCUGUUGACGAUGAAAUGGAACACAUCGAUAACAUGGAUGAUGAAGAAUUGAUGCUGCUCCGGCGUAAACGACUGAAGGCCCUAAGAGAAAUGGGAGAGCGAAGAGAUGCGUGGUUAAAAAAAGGACACGGCCAACUACAAGAAUUGACGGAUCCAAAAGAAUUUUUUACUGCGGUGGAGCAAUCUGAACGUGUUGUGGUUCAUUUUAUGAGAAGAAGCACCUUACGUUGUUCUAUUUUGGAGCGACAUCUUCGAGCAAUCGCACAAAAACAUUUUGAGACGCGGUUUUGCACCGUCGAUGUUGAGAGGCUGCCCGUACUGGCUGAAAGAUUCAAUGUUGUGAUGUUGCCGACACUGAUGCUUAUUGAGAAUAAGAAUACAUUUCACAGCAUUAUCGGGUUUGAUGAAUUCGGGGGAACGGAUGAUUUCUCCACAGAUACUGUGGCAAAUGUGCUUUCUCACUAUGGUAUGUUAAACGAACAUGGUAUGUUUGCAGCUGACCAGAGCGACGAGUAG